AGCCACCUUGGCGCGGGCCUCCCGCAGAGCCCCCCCCCGCCGCCGCCCUCCCGCGCCAUGGGGCUAGCGGUGAGCCACGGGCUGCCCCACCCGGCCCUGGAGCCCUUCCUGAGGCGCGGCAGCGGCGAGGGCCAGGAGGACCUGCUGGCGUCUCUGGGAGGCCAGCUGGCCCGGGGCUCGCCGCGGCUGGCUGCCGGGCAGCUCGCAGAGCUGUCAGGCGCCGGCAGGUCGGGCGAGGCGGGCGAGCUGUUCGCGUUGUUCGAGGAUGAGCAGGACUCCCGCGUCAAUGGCCUCCAGCUCGCCUGCGCGCUCGCCCUGUUCGACCGUGGCGCGCCGCUGAGGCAUAGGCUUCUGCGCCUCUCCGCGAUGUUCGACUGGUCGGGCGCGGGCUCACUCUCCCCCGCGGACUUGGCGAUGCUGCUCCAGGCGGCCGGCGCGGCCCUCCGCCGCGGCCUGCGCCCGCCGCCCGCGGCGCUGCAGCCGGGAGACGGCGGGCCGGGCGCGUCCGUGCGCGAGCUGUGCGCGCGGGCCGUGGCGGGCCGGCAGGCGGCCGCGCACGAGGUGGGAGGCUUCGGGCUGCGCACAGACAACACCCCCAGGUCUGGUGUGGCCAUCGUGCUCUGCAUGCCGCCCGCGGCGGGUGUGGCCCGUGCCCUCCAGAGGCACGCCGAGCCCCCCUCGCCCCACGUGGCGGGCCCCGAGCGCGCGGGGCUCGCGUCGAUGGCGGCUGGGGAGCUGGUCGCCGCAGUCCGGAAGGCGGUGGCCAGCUCCCCCGCGCCAGCGGCGGCCGCGGAGCUGAUCGCCGCGGUCAGGAAGGGCCGCAUCGACCGCGCCAUCGCCCUCGCGAAGCCGCUGGCGGCGGCGCGCAGCCCGCCGGAGGAGCCCCGCGUCCUGGCCGCGCGCGAGUGCUCCGACGAGGCGGCGCGCCUGUGGCGCGAUGGGCUCGAGGCGAGGGAGCGGGCGGUGGCGCUGGCGGUGUCCGGCGGGACCUUCACGAUCCCGGGCCGCGGCAGGGUGAAGCCUGACCACCUCCGGCAGGGCUUCUGGCUUCGCGAGGUGAGCGACUGGCACGAGGGCGCGGAGGCGGUGUCCCGCCUGGCGCGCGCGUCCAUGGCGCUGCGGGGCUUGGACCCGGGCUGCGCGGAGACGGUUGAGCAGCUGCAGGCGCGCUGCAAGGCGAGCGGCGAUGCCUCGGCGCAGCUGGAUGCCGCCGCCGCGGCGCGCGACCUGGAGCUCCUGGGGCUCGCCGCUCCGGUGAGGCUGAUCACGAGUAGGUCGCGGGCGGUGCUGCAGGCCUUCGUCGGCCGCGAGCUCGCCCAGGACCCCUCGGCCCUUGCUCGGUGCCCCGCGCUGGUGGCGCUCCUCGCCAAGGCGGGCCGCUACUUCGACGCCGAGCUGGGCGACAGGCCGCCUCCGGGUCCGCUGGGCCCUGCCGCCAGCCCGGUCGGCGUGUACCCGUGCCCACCGCUGCGUCAUUGGGCCGAAGCGCGGCGGCUGGCGGCUGAACGCCAAAUGCGCUUCAUCGCCGAGAUAGCCUCCGAGGCAGCCGUGGGCCUUCUGCAAGAUCCCAGCGACGGGUUUGCCCUCAUGGAGGUGGCCGUUGUGUUCUUCAAGGCGGAGUGCCCUCUCGGCGAGCGGAAAGCGGCGCUGAAGGUUUUCGCCGCCACUCAGGCGCGGCUCGAGGAGCGCGCCAGGGACCUGCGCUCGUGA